AUGCAGACUUCAAAUGAACCUCCAAAGGCCAGCUCCAUGGACCCCUCUCCCCUCAGGCAGAUGGAUCAGUCCAAGUCCGAGGUCGGGGGGGGGGCGGGGGGGAGGAGGGGGGGGGGGGGGUGGGGGGGGGGGGGGGGGGGGGGGGGGGGGGUGGGGGGGGGGGGGGGGGAUGGGGGAGUGGGGGGGGGGGGGGGGGGGGGGGGGGGGGGGGGGAGGGGGGGGUGGGGGGGGGGUAUAUGA